AUGCAAAUUGGGUCUGGAACUAAUUGGACGGCCGAAAUUAUUCGCCAAAUAUUUUACGGACAAGAUGAAAAGCUCGAUGCUAUUUCUAAGUCGAUACCUCCAGCGUUGUCAGUGUUAGAAAUUUGGAAGGCUGAAAAGCUUGAUCUGAUGGAGCACCUACCUUUACCACGUAAGCUAUUUGUAACUCAUCUUCCGGCUGAAUUGAUAAACAUCGACAAGUUAAAAAAGAAAAACGGAAAGGUUGUUGUUCUUGUGAGAAAUCCAAAAGAUCAAGCGGUUUCUUGGUAUCACUUUUCGAAAAAUCAUCAUUUUGAUUCGGUGCGUGACGUGUUAAGCAGCGAUUGGAAUCAAUUUUUCUCAGAUUACGUGCAAGGCAAGCACCCUCUUAUAACAAAACCGGGUGAAUGGUAUCCUGAAUUUUUGCUGGGGUGGAAUAAACACAAAGGUGGUAGUAACGUCAUGUUUCUAAUAUUUGAAAAUAUGAAAAAGGAUAUUAAGAGGGAAAUUCAAAGAUUAGCUACAUUUUUGGAAGUUGACAUAACAGAUAAAAGAGUAGCAGCGAUUGCUGAAUCUACAUCGUUUGGCGCCAUGAAAAAAGAUGGAGAAUUGGGCGUAAGUGAAUUUGCGAAAGUACAGAAUAUCAUGACAAUGAUGAGAAAAGGGCAGGUUGGAGGAUGGAAAGAGACGUUUACCGUUGCACAGUCUGAAUUAAUGGACAAAAUAAUAGAAGAAAAGCUUGGCCAUACGGACAUCAAAUUUACAUACAUGCUUUGAUAUUUUAUCAUUUAUAUGAAGUAUAUGAGUUUCAUCUUCUGAUAUUACAAAUCUAAGCUAUAAUUGAAAUGAUUCUGCUGGUCUUAGAGUUUUCAUUGGUCUGAAAAGUUAUCUAAUGGCGAGAGGAAUUCUUUUAUGAAACAAAAUACUGUAUUCCAUAACAAUUCAGGUUAGAUACAAGCGAUAACAGAAAAUAAUCAUAUGAAUAUGAUGCAAUAUAUAAACUUUUGUCCGUUAUGAGAAUUUACAUUUUAAGAUAUAUAUUUGGUGGAAGAUCGAUCCUGUCGUGAAUGUCUUUUAUUAGAUUGGUAGGCAGGGACAGUGACGUAAAUUGCAUAUGUAUGCGAGGAGAAACGCACUUGUAAUCAUUAAGUAGUAAAAUUUGAAAUCAAAUUUUCCGUUCUUUGCGGUGAUAGUCCAGUUUUCCCAAAUAUAAUACCAACAAGAAUUUAGUACAAUAUCAACCUAAUAGCCUCACCACGGAACUCUUAGUUUACCAACAAUAUGUAAAAUUUCGCUUCAUGUUCAAGCAAUUUCAUUUGUGCGAGGUUUAUACUACAGCGACUUGUAGUUUGGAAUUCCUUCACUUUCACCAAGUGCAACAUCAAAAACUUUAU